AGUCUUUUAUUCAAAUUAAUUCUCAUUUUCUUUAUUCAAUUUUAGUUAUUCUAUAACAAAAUCACAUCCACACAAUACAUGUGGAGAAGUGCUAUAUAAACUAGCUAGGAAGUUGUAAGUUAUAAGCAUAGAGAGAUUUGUGUGAGUUUUUCUUUUGAUCAAUUGUAAUAAGAAUCAUAUUAAUUAAUGAUGAGUUCUAUUAAUGAUAAUACUAUUACUACUACUCAACAAUUAUCUCAAGGUUAUGUCAAUUUGUACAAGCAUAUGUUAAGCUAUGCAAGUUCCAUGGCUCUAAAAUCUGCUGUGGAAUUAGGCAUACCGGACAUAAUAUUCAACAAAGGCAAAGCCCAAACCAUUUCUCUUCAUGAGUUGGUCUCCGCCCUUCAAAUCCCUCCAUCGAGGACUAACUUUCUUCGUCGUGUGAUGCGUGUACUGGUACACUCUGGUAUCUUCACAAACGAAAAAGGAUACAACGACGACAAAGAAGAAGAAGAAGUAUAUGGCCUCACACCUUCUUCUAAAUUACUUCUUACCAAUGGUAAUAACAGUGGGGUCCCGAGCGUGGGUCCCUUUGUUCUUUCAGUUCUUGAGCCAGUUACUGUAACUGCAUUUCAUUUAAUUGGAAACUGGCUCAAGAAUGAAGAUAGCCCAGCCACGCCAUUUCAUUUAGCUAAUGAUGACGGGUUGGGCUUGUAUGAGUAUUGGGGUAAGAAUACUGACGGAUUUGGUGAUCGUUUGAAUGAAGGAAUGGAAAGUGACUCCGGGACUUUGAAAUUUGUUCUCAAGAAUUUCAAUUCUACUUUUGAGGGAAUAACUACAUUGGUAGAUGUUGGAGGGAAUACCGGAACGAUGUGUAAGAUGCUCAUUGAAGCAUUUCCUCACUUGAAAUGCUCAGUGUUUGAUCUACCUUAUGUGGUUGAAGCCAAUUCACAUAAUAAUACUGAAAACUUGAAGUUUAUUGAAGGUGACAUGUUUCAAACAAUUCCUGAAGCUGAUGCAAUUCUAUUCAAGCUUGUUUUAUGUGGUUGUAGUGAUGAUGAAUCCAUAAAGAUUUUGAAGAAUUGUAGAGAAGCUAUUUCAAGAAAUGGGAAAGGAAAGGUUCUGAUAAUAGAAAAUAAUGUAAUAAAUAGUGAAAAAGAUGAGCUUCUAGAAUUGGAAGCUAAGCUCUACUUUGAUAUGUUACUAAUGGCUAGUGUGACAGGGAGAGAAAGAAGCAAAAAAGAUUGGGAAAAUAUCUUCUUCAAAGCUGGUUUCACUCACUAUGAAAUUACACCUAUGUUUGGUUUAGAGGCACUAAUUGAAGUUUUUCCUUAAUUAAUGAUAGAUUAAUCAAACAAAAUGAGUACUUGUGUGAUAUGAUUACUAUUGUGACUAUAAUUGAGCACAAUAAAAUGAUCAAUACGUAAAUUAUGUUUCAACAAGGGAAAUAAAAUUUACUUUUUU